AUGUGGCCACGUCUGACCAGCAUUUUGGAGCACCUCUAUUUAACCACCGGAAACCAUUUUCAUGACGCCAUGGCACGCAGCCGUGAUCUUUUACUUUGCUUCUUCUUCGCACAAGCACUGUCCUAUGCCGAGGACUUAAGUACACAUCCUUAUGAAGCUAAAGAGCGUCUGGGUCGCCUUUUUAAUAUGAUUGACGCCUCGCACGACGGAGAGGUAGAUGUAAACGAACUGGUGACUUGGAUUAACGCAGUUUUCAGGCAAGUCUCUAACAUACAAAUUACGCAUAAUAUAAUCCUCCUUCCUAAUUGCGCACUCAGUCGAGCGGACAAAAGAGCGGCAAGAGAGAUGCUCCAAAGGCAGGAUACCAACAAUGACGGCUACGUCUCCAUGGCAGAAUACAUGGAUGAGAACUUUGGCUACACGCUGCAAGAGAUCGAAGCGAUACGCAAGGACAGCUCGACCGAAUCUCGCCAGAUCCUUGAGUCAGUGGAUGAUGAGAUGGAGAGAUUCGCGAGAGCCGACGUGAACGGAGAUGGGCAGUUGGACGUGGAGGAGCUUGUGGCUUUCAACUCACCACACCACCAUGGUCAUAUGGCGGCCUACGUUGUGAGCGAGGUUCUGCGUCACCAAGAUUACAAUGGGGAUGGAAGACUCCACUUGGAAGAAUACCUAGCUGACAGCAAGGAUGUUGAAGUGUUGGAGUACGAGAAGGAGCGAUUCGCAGACAUCGAUAAAAAUGGCGAUGGGUAUGCAGACACCGAUGAGCUGAGGCUUCACUACCUUGAAGAAGCAGAGAAGUAUGCCCGAAGAGAAGCCGAGAACUUGAUGGCAGAGUCGGAUGUGAACUCCGAUGGCAGGUUAACGCAAGCCGAAGUCUCUGAGGCGUAUGAAGCUUGGCUGGACAGCCCAGCCACCGAGCAUGGGGAAUUGCUGCAAGAUAUGAAGAUGUAUCAACUGACUCAACAUGGUGGACUAAGGGAUGAGCUCUAG